AACCUAUUUUGAUUCUAAGUUUAAUUUGGUAAAGAAAAGCUAAAAAUUUCAACCAUACCGAUCCUUUCACCGUCGACGACGAGACGCCUACGGUUUCGUAAAUCUUAAGAUGAUAUGCCGGCUAAGUCUCUCGAAGGUCCUCACAGAGGUAGGGUGUGCGUGUGUGCGUUUAUAGGGGUGAGUGUAUCCGCAUAUGUAUUAGCGUUUGAGUCUGUAUUGUGUUAAAAAAAUUAUAAAAAAAGAAAAAGAAAAGAAAAAAGAAACAAGCCACACACAGGCAGCAGAGUACACUGGAAAUCUAGAACUCACGACGAAUGUAGGCGGGGAGGAAGCAACAGAAAGACCAACGACCCCCACCCAGAUCAUCAUCCCCUCCUUCCUCCUAUAUAAUCCCCUCCAAUCAUCUCUCCAGACUCUAUUCUGUUCCCCCCAAUCCCAUUACGACGACUCCCUGCCCCCAAAUCGCAGCCGGCCCGGUGCUUCUUUCUUGCUGACCAUGGACGAUGACAGUCUGAUGGACUCGCCCCUCCUACGGAGCGAGCGCUCCGGCGAGCGCUCCGGCGAGAGGACGGGCCGGAUCUCCUCCCCCUCCAGCGACACCGGGAAGACCUCGACUCCUCCGCCAUCGUCGCCUGCGGACCGAGCGCGACCUCCUCAUGGUGGGCUUAUCUCAGGCCGUGGCGAAAGAUCGAGGAGCUUCCGGUCUCCGCUCCGCCCCGGGGAUGCGAUUGGUUUAGCAAGUUGAUGAAGUGGGCGCCGAAGGAGAUCGGUCAGAAGGGCGCACCGCUCGACUCAGUUGGCGUCGAGAAGGUGAUCGGCACUUUCGGGUUCUCGCUGUUUGGGUCCCUUUCGCUCUAUCCCUCCACUGUCGAGCUCCUCAAGGACUUCAGGGACACCUACAAGAGCUUCGUCCUGCUGAGUUUUGGAUUCAUUUGGGUGCUGGUGAGCGUCGGGGUCCUGUGUGGACUCCACGGGAGGUCGGCCUUCGAGCAGGCGGUGUGCAGGCACACCGGCCGUCUCGGCUUGCUCGGUUUAGCGGCACUACUCAUGUUGCACGUUUGUUGCGCGCUCCCCGGGGACACCUGCACCACCAUACUCUUCUGGGUGUUGGGGGUUGGGGCGGUCGUGUUUCACCUUAUGUCAUGGUACACGAGCCUGUUUCUUGGGGAGGACAAGCCUGAGGAGAUCGCAGCAACAGACCAGAAGUAGAUGGGGUCAAUAGAAGCGCAGGCUACUUCAAAACUGUGAUCUGUGUUCGCAUUAACCAGUAACCAUGAUCAGCCAAAUACCCAGUAACCAUGUUCUGUGUUCGCAUAAUUGCCGCUGAACUACACAUCGCGUUACAGUUGGCUUCAGGGAUUAGAUUUUGCCCCCUUUUAGGAUUGAACUGAUUGUUCCUCGGCUCUCUAGAACCUUACACACUAAUAGUUUUCAUUUGAUAUCUUCUUGCUUGUUCCGAUGCCCGCAUUUUAUCCUUGAAAUGCCUGCAACAUGUACAGUAGUAUACCAAUGAAGUGAAUAUAGCAGAAAUGUUGAAGAAGUGGCA